UCUUGUUGAAACGCCGACAGAUCGGUUUGAAUGCGGUGCGCGCUGAGCAGUUAGUUGUAGCUAUCUGUGGUAGUUUUACCAGGUACAGUUACAUUAUUUUAGUUAUAAAAAUGUUUCUGAAUGCAAGAAGCGUUUGUGAAUCGGCUGCAGUUUGUUUGAAAAUGGAAACUAACGCAUGAGUGCAGGAUUUAGCAGUAGCAGUUGAGUUAGCUUGCUUGCUCUUCAGAGCUCAGCUGGAAAGGUUAGUUUGUGUUUAGGCGUCUGUGUCUUUAGCUUUAUGUUAAUGUCAGAGAGCUUUGUGUUGCAUGUUCUAGCUGAACCCAAACACGGACAGGAAUGAAUCACGGCAGGCUCGACGUCAAAAUAAAACGAGUUUGCGUAAGAAAGAGGUCGCGAGGUGUUCUGAAGACUCACCUGACACCUGUCCGAAAGAAAAAAGGGAGCCUCGGAUCACGGCAAUGUCUCCCCAGCAUCAUCAUGGCCGAUAGUCGGGCUGUAGAGUUCUGCAGUGACAGUGAAGAUUUGUUUGGAGACUACGACAGCAUCCUUGAGGACAGCUCUCUCUUGGCGAAGUUGGACGAUGUGGAACAGAACGAGAGGCUGCGAGCAGCCACCCAGCAGGACUUUACAAAUCUGCAGUCCAAACAGUCGUGUGAGCACACCCUCACUGACUCCAUCUCGGACGAGUUCAGAAACGAGCCCUUCGAGGACUUACCGGCCAGCCAGCUGCAGUUUCACGAACAAACCAAAAGGAGCCGACUGCAGGAUGCACACAGAACCUCCACACCUCAGCAAAGUGCCAGCAGGGUGCUCGGGGCCGUAAGAGAAGAUGGGACCAAAAAGCACGGCGGAGCGAGGAGGAGUGUGGCGGACCUGCUGAAGAGAACGAUGCUUGGGAACGCCGCCGCUCCUCGGGGAGUUUCUCGGACAGCUGUGCUGAAAGAGGCGGUGGUUUCUGAGGAGAUCAGUGUGGCCAUACAGGCCAUGGAGACGAUAUCAGCUGAGACGACUGACCUCGGGCCUUUUUUUGGACUCCCCACCAAAGUGAAGGAGCUGAUGCACAAACUGAGAGGGAUUCAGAACCUAUAUGACUGGCAGGAGCUGUGUCUGAACCUGGACUGUGUCCAGCAGAGGAAGAACCUGAUCUACUCUCUGCCCACCAGCGGAGGGAAGACUCUGGUAGCAGAGAUCCUCAUCCUCAGAGAGCUGCUCUGCAGGAAGAAAGACUGUCUGUUCAUCUUACCGUACAUCUCGCUGGUGCAGGAGAAGGUGCGCGGGUUAGCAAGCUUUGGUUUGGAGCUGGACUUCAUGGUGGAAGAGUACGCUGGCAGCAAGGGCAGGUUUCCUCCUGUGAAGAGAAGAAACAAGACAUCUCUGUACGUUGCUACGAUAGAGAAGGCCCACAGCCUUGUCAACUCUCUGAUAGAGACCGGCAGGCUGGACAACAUGGGGCUGCUGGUGGUUGAUGAGCUUCACAUGCUGGGUGAAGGCAGCAGAGGGGCUCUGAUUGAAAUGACUCUGGCCAAAGUCCAGUACAUGAGCAAAACCACUCAGAUCGUUGGAAUGAGUGCCACCCUGGGAAACAUCAAGGAUCUGCAGACGUUUCUGAGCGCAGAAUAUUACACAAAUGACUUCAGGCCUGUUCAGCUGAAAGAAUAUGUUAAAGUGAGUGAUACAAUCUGUGAAGUCGACCCAAAAGAAGAGAACGGCUUCAAAUUCUCACGUCGGCUGAACUUUAAAUAUUCCAGUGCCAUGCAGAAGACUGACCCGGAUCACAUCAUCGCUCUGGUGACUGAAGUCAUCCCAGCACACUCAUGUCUGAUCUUCUGCCCCACCAAGAAGAACUGUGAGAACGUGGCAGGGAUGAUCUGCACAUAUCUGAAGGAGAACUUCCUGCAGCACCACCAGGACAAGAAGACCAUCCUCCUGCAGGAGCUGAAGGACAGCGGGAACGGCUCGGUAUGUCCGGUGCUCAGGAAGACUGUACCGUACGGCGUGGCCUACCACCACAGCGGGCUGACCUCACAGGAGAGGAAACUAGUAGAGGAGGCUUACGCUAACGGUGUGCUCUGCCUCCUCGCCUGCACCUCCACCUUGGCUGCAGGCGUCAACCUGCCUGCCCGCAGGGUGAUCCUGCGCUCGCCGUACGUGGCUGCAGAUUGCCUGAAGAGGAGUCAGUACAAGCAGAUGGUCGGGAGGGCUGGUCGAGCUGGGAUCGACACUGUGGGAGAGAGCAUCCUCAUCCUUCAGGAGAAGGACAAGAAUAUGGCCAAAGCACUGGUUUGUGCCCCUGUGGAAAACUGUUACAGCAACCUGCUGCAUGAUGAAGGGAAAGGCGUGUUGAGCCUCAUUCUGUCACUGAUAGGAUUAAAUAUCAGCACGUCGCUGCAGCAGAUUCAGGAGUUCCUGCGUGGAACGCUACUGUUUGUGCAGCAGCAGCAGCUGUGCAUAGAGAAGAGCCUGUGGGACGUUGUGCAGCAGUGUGUCGACAUUCUGAAGGAAAAAAACCUCAUCACCAUCAAUACUGCAGGCCGUCUCAGUCCAUCGCUGAAGAUUACCCAGUUGGGGAGAGCUGCUUACAAAGGCUCGGUGGAUCUGACCUACUGUGAUGUUCUGUACAAAGACCUGAGUAAAGGUCUGGAAGGACUUCUGCUUAACAGCAACCUGCACCUGGUCUACCUGGUGACCCCCUAUGACCUGAUCCCACAGUGCAAGCCCGACUGGAUGAUUUACUUCAGACAGUUCACCUUGCUGUCAGCUGCAGAGCAAAAGAUGUCUGCUGCUGUCGGAGUGCCCGAGAGUUUUCUUGCAAGAAAAGCCGCAGGACAGACGGUGAAAAAGAACUCAAACCUUGGGGUGGUGAGGCGGAUGUACCUCGCCCUCGUGCUCUCCUCUUUGCUGAAGGAGACGGACGUGUGGAGCGUGGCUGAAAAGUUCCAGCUAACCCGAGGCUUCAUCCAGACGCUGCUCAGCUCCGCCUCAGCCUUCUGUUCCUGCGUGCUGCACUUCACCGAGGAGCUGGAGGAGUUCUGGCCAUUUCGAGCUCUGCUGACAGAACUGACUCGACGACUGAGUUACUGUGUGAAGGCCGAGCUGAUUCCCCUGAUGGAGGUGGCGGGAGUCAUGGAGUCGAGAGCGAAGCAGCUGUACAAUGCUGGCUACAAGACUCUGGCUCACCUAGCCAACGCUGACCCUGCUGUCCUCUGCAAGACAAUAGAAAACCUCUACAAGAAGCAAGCCAACAUGAUGGUGGCCUCAGCCAAAAUGCUUUUGAAUGAAAAAGCUGCGGCUCUUCAGGAGGAAGUGGACGAGCUGCUGACGCUGCCUGAUGACCUGCCGCAACUUUAAAACCACACAGUCAUUUGAUUUUUCCUCACCUGCAACUAUUUUUUUUAUUAUAUCUUAAUAAAAUAAUUUAUAUGGAAAAACUAA